AUGUCCCCAGCUGUGCCCUGGCACUGGCUGGCCAUGGGCAGGGCAUCCCCGAGGCUGGUGCUGGUGGUGGUGUUCGUGGCUCUGCUGCUGGACAACAUGCUGCUGACAGCUGUGGUGCCCAUCGUCCCCACCUUCCUCUAUACAACAGAAUAUGAAGGUGCCAACAGCUCCUUGGCCCCAGCCCAGCCCGAGCCAAUGCCUGCAGCCUGGAAAGCUCCUUCUUUCUCCUCCAUGUUCUCCUAUUUUGACAACACCACAGUGAUUGUCUCAGGCUCUGUCAAUGCUGUGGAGGUGAACAGGACAGAGAGCAGUCACCCAGCAGAGCCCCCCAGCAGCCCCCCAGCCCCAUCCAGGGGCUGCCUGGAGGGUGAGGAGUUCCUCACCAAGGAGAACGUCCGUGUGGGGCUGCUCUUUGCCUCCAAGGCUCUUGUACAGCUGAUGGUCAACCCCGCUGUGGGUCUCCUGACCAACAGGAUAGGAUACCACAUCCCCAUGUUCAUCGGGUUCACCAUCAUGUUCCUCUCCACAGUCAUGUUUGCUUUCUCAAGCACCUACACCUUGCUGUUCACCGCCCGAGCCCUCCAAGGAGUUGGGUCCUCGUUCUCAUCAGUGGCAGGCCUGGGCAUGCUGGCCAGCGUGUACACAGAUGACUCUGAGAGGGGCAGUGCCAUGGGGAUCGCUCUGGGAGGCUUGGCCUUGGGUGUGCUGAUCGGGGCACCCUUUGGGAGCAUCAUGUAUGAAUUCGUGGGGAAAUCCUCUCCCUUCCUGGUCCUGGCGUUCCUUGCCCUCUUGGAUGGAGCUCUGCAGCUGUGCAUCCUACAGCCCUCCAAGAUCUCCCCUGAGAGCACCAAAGCCACCCCAGUGUCCACCCUGCUGCAAGACCCUUACAUCCUGGUGGCUGCAGGAGCCCUCUGCUUCUCCAACAUGGGGGUGGCCAUGCUCGAGCCCACCCUGCCCAUCUGGAUGAUGCAAACCAUGUGCUCCCCACAGUGGCAGCUUGGAAUGGCAUUCCUCCCAGCCAGCAUAUCCUACCUCAUUGGCACCAACCUCUUUGGGAUCCUGGCAAACAAGAUGGGUCGGUGGCUGUGCUCCAUGAUUGGCAUGGCUGUGGUGGGAGUCAGUCUGCUCUGUGUACCUCUGGCCCAAAACAUUUACGGGCUGAUCGGCCCCAACGGUGGCCUUGGCUUUGCCAUAGGAAUGGUGGACUCCUCCAUGAUGCCCAUCAUGGCUUACCUUGUGGACCUUCGCCACACCUCUGUCUACGGCACCGUCUACGCCAUAGCUGAUGUGGCCUUCUGCAUGGGCUUUGCCAUUGGUCCCUCCUUAGGUGGGGCCAUUGUUCGAGCCAUUGGCUUCCCCUGGCUGAUGGUCAUCAUUGGGGUGGUCAACAUUGCCUAUGCCCCACUCUGCCUGUGCCUGCGCAGCCCUCCAGCCAGGGAGGAGAAGAUGGCAAUCCUGAGCCAGGAGUGCCCCAUGCCAAGCAAAAGCUACACCAGGCAGAAACCCCUGCAGGAGUUCCCUCUCAAACAUGACAGCGAUGUGGAAGUGGAACACGGGGAAUAA